CUGAAGUAAACCGAACCCCUGGGCCUACUGUAUCGCGACCUUUAAGCUACCUAGCUUGUCCAUUUACACCUGAUCCCCGUCCGAGUCGCCAGUUCCCCGCCGAGAGGGACAUCAAUCGCAACCAUGACCGCUCUUUUCAACUUUCAGUCGCUCCUCCUCGUCAUCCUCCUCCUCGUCUGCACGUGCGCAUACGUCCACCAGCUCAUACCCGCCAUCAUGGACCGGAAUAAGGACGGCUUCAUCGGCAUCUUCUGGAAAUUUGCAAGGGUGGGCGAGCGGUUAAGUCCGUACAUCAGCUUAUGCUGCGUCGUUAUGGCGGCUUCCAUGCUCGUCAACUGAGUUUGUAGUUUGUACGAUUGCGCGCGAUCCCGCUUCGGGGAAUGUCGGUUACUUAUUACACGGUUCGGAGUUGGUCAGGGAAACGAAUAUUGCUUUGUCAAAUGGUAGCAGCGCAAGGCGCAAAGAAGAAUACAUAUCCGGGCCGAGGCUGCCCGCAUCACAAAACUCAAGAGUAAGAAGGGACACCUUGUACGAGGAAGACGGCUUCAAAAACAAUACAACAACUUCACGUCAUCGCGCG